GCGUUCACUACCCUCUGCUUUGCGAUAUGGUUCCGGUCUAUGUUAAAGGUGGUGCUUGGUCCAACGUUGAAGACCAAAUCUUGAAAGCAGCUGUUUCCAAGUAUGGGCUUCAACAGUGGACUAGAGUCGCUUCAUUAUUAGCAAAGAAGACAGCGAAACAGGCCAAGGCUCGAUGGAACGAAUAUCUUGAUCCAAGGCUUCGUAAAGAAGACUGGUCGCCGGAAGAGGAUGAGAAGUUGUUGAAUCUUGCAAGGCUAUUGCCGAAUCAAUGGAGAUCGAUUGCGGAGUCGUUUGGAAGAACCGCUGCACAAUGUGUUGAAAGAUACCAAACACUGCUGGAUGAAACCUCUGGAAGCAUGUCCUCAAAUGACUUGGGGCUAACUGGCUCAAGUGCUGAGAACGCUGUGUCGAUUGGCUCAACGAGCGUCCAGGUUGGUGAUCUCAACAUUGAUGCAGAGACGAAGAUUGCAAGACCAGAUGCCGUUGACCUUGAUGACGAUGAAAAGGAGAUGCUCUCAGAAGCUAGAGCUAGGUUGGCUAAUACUAAGGGUAAGAAGGCAACUAGAAAGGAGAGGGAGAAGAUGCUUGCAGAGAGUAAACGUAUUGCCCUGUUACAGAAAAGACGUGAUUUGAAACAGGCCGGUAUAACAACGAAGCUUAGUGCCCCGAAAAAGAAGUAUGCCACUCAAAAAGACUAUAAUGCGGAUAUAGUGUUUGAGCAUAGACCCACUGAAGGAUUCUACGAUACUUCAGAGGAGAUCCAAGCAAACGACAAGCAGCUGAAUAAGUUUGAACGUGAUGUGAAUUAUUCUGGGUUGGAUUCUGAUAAGCAAAAGAAUAAAGAAAAAAGACCAAGAAAUGAAACGAAGCCACAACAGAAUAAUGAGAUCGAAAAGGCUCCUAUUAUUAACGUGGAUGAAGCUUUCAAGAGAAGAAAACUGAAUCUUCCAGAACCCGAGUUUAAUGACGUUGAGAUGGAUGAGUUGUCGAAGAAGAGCGAAGAGCAGAUUCAGGCCACCUUGGAAGAAAGAGUAACACGUGAACAGACACUGGAUAAUAAAUUGAAAAUAGCUGCAGAGAAGGUCAAGGAGUAUACAACUGGCAACUCUGCUUUAUUGAUUACAGAGGAAGCUGAUCUCUUGGAAGAUGAAGAUCAUUCGAUAAUAAAAGAAGAAGCACCUAUUCCUGAAAAGACAACAAUUUCCAUUCUUGACAAAUUGGCUAACUUGCCUAAGCCAAAGAAUGACUAUGAAAUUGAAAUAGAGGAAAGAGCACCCAAGGCACCUGCCCCUCAGAGCAAAAAUGUGAUCCUGGAAGAUGAAGGUGAAAGACAAAGGCUCGAGCAGGUUGCACGGAAACAGCAAGAACAAGCAGCACUUCUUAGAAGAUCUUAUGCGGUCCAAAAGGGCUUGCCUAUUCCUGACCUGGACAGCUCAUUCAAAUUUAGAGAAGAGUCGAAUAUUGAUAAGCAGAUGAUCACAUUGAUCAGAUCAGACUAUACGAGGUUCAAGAAACCUCAGGGAGCAAAAGUGAUACCUGAUCUGAAUCAACACUUGAGGGAGGAAAUCAUCAAAGAGAUGAAGAAUCUCAUAGAUAGUGAUGAGCUCAAACAAUUCCAAGACCAAUUUGUCGUUCAGCAUACCAAGUCCUUCCAGCCAAAUGUCGAUCCCUCAUCACUGAUUGAUGAGCUCAAUUCAAUGGUGGAAGAGUGCGCUGCAAGAGAAGAACAGAUCAACCAAGACACCAACAACUACAUCGAACAGCACAACACGCUAUGGGAACAAAACAUGGAGCUGCUACAAGAACUACAGGACGUUGAUAGGGCUGAAGCUGCGUUCGAGAUGCUCCAUCAAGGUGAAUUGAUCUCGCUUGAGGCAAGAAGAUCCCGCUUGAACGAAGAGACUGAGACGCUCAUUGCAUCCGAACAAAGAGCACAGCAGCUUCUGCUUGAGCUCAAACGUAACAGAUCCUAAUGAUAAUUGAAAGCCAAGUGCAAUGAACUCAUG